GAGAGCAAUAUGAAACAUCCUUGCAAGCAGCCAUUCGAGAGAUGAGGGAUGAAAUUAGUAGUAUGAGGACUCCAGCGGCUCAACCUGUACCAUCAAGGCAGGAGGAAGACAUGCGUGUAGCUGUCCAACCACAUGGUCAUAGUGAAAAAGCAAGCUCUCCAGACCCUUUUGCUGAUUUACCGGCCUUAGGAGCAGGAUGUGAAUUGUAUUUGGAAGAUCCCAUUAGACGUAAAGUUGCACGUGGGACAGUUUACAAGGCUGAAAGGGUUCACGGGAUACAAAUACAUGUGGAUCAAGUGAAGGUCACCGUGACUGAAAUUCUCGUGUCAAGUGCAAAGGUACCCUUCCCUACCAAUGAGUAUGUAUUUUAA